CCGCGCUGCCGAUCUCGGCGCGACCCACACGCUCGUUGCAAUGUUACUCCCGUUUAGUUUCGGCGCGAAGUUAACACGUAAAAUAUUAGUGUGUAAUAUAAUUUCCCUUCUGUUACCAACUUUAAAACAUGAUAUUUACUAAAUAACAGUGAUAAAGUGACUUUACUCUUUGUAAGCUUAUGUCUGGAAGUUAUCGCGGAAGUUUCAUUAAGUUGGUCCGUUCAAAAUGGUGACAAUUAUUUUGAUAGCAAUCUUUGCUGUGCUCUCACCGGGGCGGUAUUGUUCGUGCUCGCCAGGCGCGCUCGCGGAACCGAACCCCACACCCCAGCCGCCGCCCCACAUAAAACGAUGUCGGCGGGUGGGAGGAGGUAAUAACUACCCGUUUGAGGGGGAACUAGGUAUGAACAAACCGAGUGGUCACACGUGGACUGUGCUCAUGAAAAGAAGAAAAAUAAUUAUUCAUUAUGAAUGCUUCGAAAAAUCUCAAGGACACAAGAAUACAGACGCAUCGAAGUCUUUAAGCGCAAGUUCUCCUGUUAACGUCAGCGAAGACGUACCAGGGCGUCGGAAUAUGAGCUUCGUCAAGAUAUUGGAAGAGAAGAAUGGGUUUACAUGCGAAACGUCAAUAAAAUGCAAGCUCAUCGAAGCGGGACUACAGACCUCUCACAAAUACCAGUUUCACAACAGCAAAACAAAUAUGAAGAUGGGCUGUGAAGCUUUAGAUGAAGAUGUAUCUAGCAGACAUUUGAAUUAUAGUAUGUGGUGCUCAUUAAGCAAGAAAACGAGUACUCAGCGCUCUUUCAAAAGAAAACGCUUAAAAAAGCGCUCUUCAGAUUCGAGGCCGGAGUUGGUAUAUACUUUCAUAGAACAAGCAGUACAGCCGGGCGCGCAGGUUGCCCUGAAAUGCUCGGCCAUGGGAGAACCACCCCCUAGAUUUAGGUGGUCAUUGGAUGGAUUUCCAAUUCCCACGCAUCAUGGAACUAUCAUCACUGAAGGCCGUGAGAAUGGACCGACGGGUAUAGGCUCGAGCAGUAACUACGUCUUAUCAACACUAUCAUUGAGCGGCGCUCGUGUUGAGCAUGGGGGUCGGUAUGAGUGCAGAGCAACCAACUCCCAUGGCAGUGUUGCUCAUGCAGCGCGACUCAAUGUUUAUGGUUCCCCAUAUAUUCGCGCCAUGAAUACCGUGAAAGCUGUCGCCGGGUCGGAAGUAACAAUCUGGUGUCCUUACUAUGGUUUUCCAAUAAAAUCUGUAAAAUGGGAAGGUGGUGUGGGAGCCGAUCCUCGAUAUCAACAAAUUGACGGACAGCUAACUAUAGCUAAUGUGGACCGCAAUCGAGACAAGGGAAGUUGGACUUGUUCAGUGCUGACACCUGGUGGAGAGUUGGCAAAGAGAGAGGUGCAAGUAACAGUAGUGUCGCCUCCAGUACUCUCCCCGGUGGUGUUUCCUCCAGGACUGAGGUCUGGGGAUCGUGCGCAAUUAACUUGUAGUGUGACAUCCGGGGACAUGCCCGUUUAUUUCUCUUGGCUUAAGGAUCAAAUGCCCAUUUCUAGCAUUUUACAGGUAGAGGAGCGCGGCGCUGAGUUCUAUAGCAUGCUAAUAUUUAAGAGCUUGACUGCCGCUCACAGCGGAAUCUACAGCUGCGUUGUCACCAACACUGCUGGUAAAGCUAACACAUCUACCGAGUUAGCUAUAAAAGUACCACCAUAUUGGCAAAUCGAGCCCUCAGACGCUGCUGUUUUAUUGAACGGUUCACUCACAGUGAGCUGUGAAGCGAGGGGACACCCGCCGCCUGCAAUUUAUUGGACAAAAUUUUCCGGAAGCACGGAAACUACUCUGGGUGGUGUAUCAGACCCAGUGGUACUAACUAAUGGGUCGUUAAGAUUGGAGACAGCCCGCGCGGAGCAUUCCGGAAAAUAUCGCUGCCGUGCCGAUAAUGGCGUGCCACCUGCGCUCACUAGAACUUUAAAUAUACAUGUAAAUGAACCAGCACGGUUCGAGACGCCGUCAGCGAAUGUGACGGCGAAACUGGGAGAUACAAUCAGGCUCGUUUGUGUUGCGAGAGGCGACAGCCCACUGUCCACCUCGUGGAGUCACUCUGGGAGGGCGUUACCCAAGUCUGACUACCGGAUGAGCAUAUCAGAAACACGAAGUGCUGAAGGCUUGAGAAGUGAAUUAGCCAUAGAACGGGCAGAUAGAAGAGACUCUGGCGUAUAUCGAUGUCAGGCGUCCAACCCAUACGGCCGGUCAGAUCAUUUCGUACAUCUGGCUGUCCAAGAACCACCUGAGCCUCCCGCGAAUUUUCGAGUACUGGAGACCACAUCGAGAUCUGUGCGUCUCCAGUGGCGUAGACCAUACGAUGGUAAUUCACCUGUAUUGGGCUAUGUGGUUCAAUACCGUCGGCAUGACUCUACCUCGCCUGAUUCUUGGAGAGAUGCUGAUACACAGAACGUAUCUGUAUCCACUCACACUGUAGAUACUUAUUCAGAGGCUGAAGAAGCAACUAUAACGGGGUUGGAACCUGCUACUGCCUACUUAGUACGAGCUAGGACUGUAACUGCGCAGUUCGCAUCGACACAUACCAGAGCGGUAUUAGCAUUGACACUACAUGAACCCCCUGCCCGGGCGCCGAUAAGUCUCCGUGCUUCCGCACCAAGGCCUACCACUAUUGAAUUAGCUUGGCAGGCACCUCCAUCGUCGUCCUGGAAUGGUGAACUGCUGGGUUACACAGUAUGGUGGUGGCCGUCUGCGGAUGGCUCGCUUGCGGGCGGCGCUAAUGUGGGCAUGGAAUUUGCAACUGUUCGGGGACUAAUCAACAAGUAUACCAUUGAAGGACUCGAACAUUAUACAAGGUACUCAGUAAGCGUGAGAGCUUUCAAUAGCGCCGGUGCAGGUCCUGCUACGGCCCCUGUCAAUACGUUAACACAGGAAAGUGUACCGUCGGAGGGACCGCGGGCGGUGCGGUGCCGGGCGGUGUCUCCGCAGAGUAUCAAGGUGGAGUGGUCACCGCCGCCGGCGCACGCGCACCACGGCGCACUACUCGGAUACAAGCUGCUGUAUCGACCGGAUCACACGACUGAUUGGCUGGAGUGGGAAGUUCGUGGUGGCGGCGGCCCAAGUACAGGAGCGGGGGCGGAAGUCAAGCGUGUAGCGGGUGUUGAGACCUUACUGUUGGCACUUAGACCACACACUAACUAUACAAUGCAAGCUUUAGCUUAUACUGCCGCAGGAGACGGCGUACCCGCUCAUCCUAUACAUUGUACCACACAACAAGACGUACCUGGUGCUCCAGCGGCAGUGAAAGUCGUAGCGACAUCUGUCACAUCUCUAGCAGUUAGUUGGUUACCUCCAAGUCGACCUAAUGGACCAAUUCUCUAUUAUACUAUUUUCUAUCGAGAACUUGGCAGGGACAGACCACCGCAAACAACAACUGUUCAAGCAGAAGACGGAGACCCUUCAGUAGGUCUAGGAGGAUCUACUGAAUUACGUUCAUUAUCAGAAAGUGCCACUUAUGAAGCUUGGGUGGCCGCACACUCUGCAGCUGGCGAAGGAGAACCGUCGGCACCACAGCCAGCCACAACCACGCAAAGAGCUGGAGCCCGACUACUCUCAUUCGGCGUUUGGGCGAGAGUACAAUGUGGACAUUCAUUACGGCUUGCAUGUGUUUGGAGAGGAGAACCAGCACCGAGAGCUCGAUGGUUGCGUGGUGAUCGACCAGUCACUCAUGAUCCCCGAACUCACCUCACACCUCAUGGACAUCUAGCUAUACACGAGGUGGACGCAUCGACGAGUGGUAACUAUACGUGCACCGCUCGCAAUGCAUUCGGUUCUGAGGAAGUAACGUACCGCGUAGAGUGUGCUACACCUCCGUCCGCUCCCACUCUCGCCUUGGACCACGCAACACAUAAAGAAGCGCGACUGACAUGGCGUACUACGCAUCAUCCCGCUGCGCCGCCUCAUGGUUUCACAAUUUGGUGGGUUCGCGUCCGUGAUGAUUCCGGUGAAGGCAUCGAGCCAGCAAGUACUCGAGGAGAAGAAGAACGGAGAUUGGAAGCUGGUGGAGAAGUAGUGAGCGUAAUGCUCAGAGCACUGUCCUGUGGCGUGACAUACUCUGUAAGAGCUAUAGCGCACUCUUUAGCUGGAUCUUCUCCACCUUCUCUGCCGUUACUAGUCAAGACGAAACCUCCUGUGCUGGUAUGGGAAGGUGGGGGGGAAGUUGACGAGAAUGAGGAAGGUGCUGAAGCGGCCGUGUGGAGUAACAGCAGCGCUCUGGCUGUUGAUGCUCGUCGAGCGAUUCGGUGCGGAGCACGACUCGUCAGAUUGCAGUGGAAACGGGUGGAUGCUGGCGGCUCCGGGGCCUGGAGAGAUGCUGAUCUCACAUCUCUACAUCAUCAUCGAGAGGUGGUGAUUGGAAGUUUAACUGCCGGAGCUUGGUACGGCCUCCGUCUGUGGACUGCCACGGAAUCAGCACGUCAUCAAGCUGUUCUAUAUGCGGCAACCACAACGCACUCGGGAGAACGUCUCCGAAGACCGGUAGCUUUUCAUUCCGGGGAGAGUGGGCCGGUGAUCACAACUGGGAGUAAUGUGGAAGCCGACCAUGUGCUAGGCGCGGUGUCGGUGGCUUUUGCCGCCCUCGCUGCCAUCGCUGUCACCGCAUUGAUACUUGUGUUACUGGCUAAACGGAGCAUGCUGUUCCCGUGUACUCAGCAAGAUGAAGAGACCCGACGCUGCAGUCAUUCCGUCGCCAGCACUGACAAGUCAGUUUGCCCCGAACAGCAGAACAUAAGGAACUGCCAACACGAUUACAAACAUGACAAACUAUCGCCGGCAUCAGACGUAUACGAGAUAAGUCCGUACGCAACGUUCGCGGUGGGCGGGGAGACCGCCGCCACUCUCGACCACACCUUGCAGUUCCGUACCUUCGGGCAUCGCGACAACGAUGCACCACCGCACCGCCCUUGUAGGAAACAUCCUCAGCGACACCGUGAUAGAGACGUGGAAAAGCACCAUUCCGACUGUGAACUGCAGCAGCUCAGCCGGUACGAGAAGGUGCGCCCACGACACUGCGCGGGAACAUCCUACUGCGUACCUCUAUCACAUCAUGGUGGUGGUGGUGGUAGCGGGGGCGGUUUCUCCGAGGUGUACGCGGGGGACUCUAGCGUAGAGUCAGGCCCCGGUUCACUCUCGCCUCGGACUCACCACGAGCAUAGCUAGCGGCCCAUUCAAAUGCGAAAUCCAACCAUAUCCAAUAAAUAACAAGUCUCAUUAUUUAAUCACAUCCAAUUAGUAAAAUACUAACUGGAGAGAUCGAUAAGAGUAUAAAGAACGUUCCAGUCCAAAUGUCUUCGAGUAAUAUUUUGUUUUAUAUUUUUUUUUAUAAUCGUAGUUUUAAGUAUGUAAGUUAUUGUUAAGCUUGAUUUAACUGUUAAACUACAAAUUUAUGUUAAUAUUUACAACUUGUAAUAUCUAAUAUUACAGAUUUUAUUUUACGGUUACCUACUAUUUUCUCAGUAACUUUUGAUAAGUUGUAGAAAACAAUUAUAAUACUAUAUCACUACUGCCUAUAUUAUACUAUUUGGUCUCCAAUUAUUUGGUGAUAAUUUUCAAUAAAUAUUUUUUAUUCGAAAGACAUGGAGGUUACAAUUAUAAACACAAAGAUGUG